GGUGGUGGUGGUGGCGGCGGCGCGCGUGCGCGUUGUAUGGGGUUCACCCCUCACUCCACCAACCCCGCCUCCCACAGGAUUCGGUUCGCUCGCGCUCCUUCUCUUCACUCUUUCGGUGUCGGUGAGAGUAAUGGCGGAAGGUGGCGUCCCGGAUCUGGAGAGCCAGAAGAACGAGAUCGGGAACUUGUUGAAUACCUCCCUCAAGAAAGGGGAUUCGUGGUUCCUAAUAGACAGUAGGUGGUUUAAACAAUGGAAAAAAUAUGUGGGUUUCGACAGCUGGGACAUGUACAACGUGGGAGAACAUGGAAUGUUUCCAGGCCCCAUUGAUAAUUCUGGGCUCUUUGCAGAUAUAGAAACACAGGCCCUGAAAGAACACUUGAUUGAUGAGUUGGAUUAUGUCUUGGUUCCCACUGAAGCUUGGAACAAGUUGGUCAGUUGGUAUGGUUGCGUUGUAGGUCAGGAACCCAUUGUACGAAAGGUGGUUGAGCAUGGGAUGUUUGUAAAACACUGUAAAGUAGAGGUUUACCUCUUAGAAUUGAAAUUGUGUGAGAACAACAACAUGGACAAUGUGGUGACACGCCAUUUCAGCAAAGCAGAUACCAUAGAUACAAUAGAAAAGGAGAUGCGAAAGCUGUUCAAUAUUUCAGCAGAAAAGGAGACAAGGUUGUGGAAUAGAUACAUGACAAAUACUUAUGAGCAGCUUAACAAACCAGAUAGCACUGUACAAGAUGCUGGUUUGUAUCAGGGACAGGUUUUGGUAAUAGAACAGAAGAAUGCUGAUGGAACUUGGCCAAGACAGACAUCUCAAGCAAAAUCCAGCACUGCCACCAGCAGAAAUUUAUCUACCUCUCCAAAAUCCUCGACUAGCUGCAACUCCUACUCGUCCUUGUCCUCCCCUUCUACAGUCUCUAAUGGUGAGAGCAGCAACUCCAGCAACUCCAGCUACAUAUUAAACAGCUCCAGCUCCACCAGGGGGGAAUCUCAUGCACCAAGUCAAGCAGGACUUUGUGGCCUAAGUAAUCUUGGUAAUACCUGCUUCAUGAAUUCCGCGUUGCAGUGUUUGAGUAAUACUGGUCCAUUGACUGAUUAUUUCCUACAAGGAAAGUACGAAGAAGAACUAAAUCGGGAAAAUCCUUUAGGAAUGAGGGGAGAAAUUGCUGAAGCCUAUGCCGAAUUGAUCAAACAGAUGUGGUCAGGGAGAAGCUCUUAUGUGGCACCUCGGAUGUUUAAAACCCAGGUUGGGUGUUUUGCUCCCCAGUUUUCAGGAUACCAACAACAGGAUUCUCAAGAGCUACUUGCAUUUCUUUUAGAUGGCUUACAUGAAGAUUUAAAUCGUGUGAAGAAAAAACCCUACUUAGAACUUAAAGAUGCUAAUGGGAGGGAAGAUGAGGUGGUGGCGAAAGAAGCAUGGGAAAAUCACAGGUUAAGAAACAACUCCAUCAUUGUGGACAUCUUCCACGGACUUUUUAAAUCCACUCUAGUUUGUCCUGAAUGUUCAAAAAUUUCUGUAACAUUUGACCCUUUCUGUUACUUAACUCUUCCUUUGCCUAUGAAGAAGGACCGCACGAUGGAAAUCUUUCUUGUGCAGGCAGACUCAUCUAGGCCAAUGCAGUACAGAAUAAUUGUUCCAAAGAUGGGUGCAAUUUGUGACCUGUGUACAGCCCUCUCUCAAAUCUCAGGCGUUGCUGCAGAAAAGAUGGUGGUUGCUGAUGUUUAUAAUCACCGGUUCCACAAAACAUAUCGACAAGAUGAAGCUUUAAACCACAUUAUGGACAGGGAUGAUAUUUUUGUUUAUGAGGUUCCAGGUGUGAGAGAGGAAGACUCUGAAAAUUCAAAAUGCAUCAGCCUCCCAAUUUAUUUCCGUGAGAGAAGGAUGCGAUCCUCAAGUGCACCUGUUGGCACCGUUCUCUUUGGUCAACCUCUCUUAGUCUCUGUUCCCAGAGAUAAUGUUACAGUGGACAACCUGUAUGAACUAGUCCUUGCGCGAAUUUCCCGUUACGUGAAAGUGUGCAAGGAAACGUAUGAAAACUAUAGCUCUGGAUCUCUGAGUAUUGACAAUGGCCUGUCUAGUGAGCCAAAUGGUAUUAAUGAUGAAGGUGAGGAGGAGAUGGAUCUGCAAACUGCAGUGGGAGAUAAUGAGGAAAUUAGUUCUGAACCUGAAAACAGCCAGUCUGAUGGCUCUGCAGCUGAUGAGAAUGAUAAGAUGGAAAAUGGGCCGACCAAGCGCACCACCAAAGGAAAUAAACAGAAGUGUAAAAAGAAGCUAUUCAGCUUCAGCAUGGUGAAUGCCUAUGGCACCUCAGAUUUCAGCUCCAUUGCAGAAGAUGGGACAUACCUCAAGUUAAACUCACAUUCCACAAUUGCUAUAGACUGGGAUCCUGAAAUCAAAAAGAUGUAUUAUGAUGAUCAAGAAGCUGAGGCAUAUGAAAAGCAUGAAUCCAUGUCACAGCCUCAAAAGAAAAGAAGUUCAGUUGCAUUAAGAGAGUGUAUAGACUUGUUUACAACAAUGGAGACUUUGGGAGAGCAUGAUCUUUGGUACUGCCCCACCUGUAAAAAGCACCAACAGGCCACUAAAAAGUUUGAUUUGUGGUCACUACCAAAGAUCCUCGUUGUACAUCUGAAGCGUUUCUCAUAUAAUAGGUACUGGAGAGAUAAACUUGACACUCUAGUAGAGUUUCCUAUAAGGGAUUUGAACAUGUCUGAGUUUGUCUACAAUCCCAAAGCUGGUCCUUGCAUCUAUGACCUGGUUGCAGUCACUAACCACUAUGGAGGAAUGGGAGGAGGCCAUUAUACUGCAUAUGCUAAAAAUAAAAUUGAUGGACAGUGGUAUUACUUUGAUGACAGUAGUGUAUCAGGUGCAUCUGAAGAUCAGAUUGUGACAAAAGCAGCUUAUGUUCUUUUCUACCAGCGUAGAGACUCCAAUAACCAUCACAACAGUUCACCUGCUUCCUUGAGUUCUCCUGAAGAGAAUGGUGAGAAUAGAAAAAAUGAAGAAGAUAGAAUGGAUACCAACUAAGAUGAAACUGCAUGAUUUGGCAACAAGAAAUUAGAUCUACUGUUUUUGGAUUGUGUUGCUCUACCAUCAGCACCAGCUGCCUUCAGGGUAGGGGACAAGAACCCUCUUGAAACAGCAACUUUUUAAAAACAAAAUUGAUCAGAUCUGAAUGAAUGGGUGAGCAAAUAUAACAUGCUCUGUUUCAGAAUCUACUGAUUUCUGAUGGCAAUUAAUGAAUGUCACUGUAAAAUAAACUGCUUUGGAAAUUUUUAAGUGAGUUUUUUUCUCAUCAGCUAUUUAAGAUAAGGAUUUUAGUUCGGUUUAUUUUUGAAAAGGGUUGCAGUUUCUCUCCUUCCUUCCCAGAUUAAUUUUCUGUCCAAUUUGAAAUUUUAAGUUAUGUCACAAACCUUGCAUUGCCUGUAUUGUUUCCUCUUAUUGAUAAAAUGGUAUUUCUUUGCAUGAGUGACACCUUACAUCUUAACCUGGAAAUGUUGCAUUAUGAAUUUGUAGCAGAGCACUGGUUUAUUUGUGGUUUGGCUACUGAGACUCAAAUAAUAAAAUUUGUAAUAUUAUAUUGUAUUAUAGGCGGCACAGGAACAGAGGUUUCCAAACCCCAGGUGCGAUACUGAUCCAAACCAGCAUAACCUUGCUGGUAUGUAUUGUAAUGUAAAUUUCACAUCAGUUUCUUCUAGUCUUUUUGCUCAAACUGGCACUUUGUAAGUAGCUGGUUUUAAUACAUAUGUCUACAUAAAUAAAGACUGCUGAUUGGAGCUGUGA